UAUCGUGCGGGAACCAGUGCCAGGCCAAGCUACUCAUGCCUUGUAAAUUAUGUACAUAAGUUACAAAAUAUUGACCGGGUGCACAUGAAUGGCCAGUCGUCCAACUUGAAACCAACAAACCAAGGGAACGAGCAGGGAAAUCUAAAAGCAUUGGUUGGCAUCGUCUGAAUAGAAACACGGCGUACACCAAGUCCUCAGUCUGCCGCUCAGACACUGGCCGAGCCUCGACGAUUUCAUUGGGGAUUUUCUGAGAGCACAACCGCAAAACGGACUCAAAAUAAAAAUUAAAGGAAACGAGGAACCCCACUUGACUUGUAAUAGCCUAUGUUGUGAUUUAUAUUUUUUAUGUGAAGAUUCCAGGGUCAAGAAAUUCGUGCAGUCGCUGAUGAAAAUAGCAAAGAAAGGAAUAAGAUAAACGUGAGAGAAACCUGGCGCACUGGACCCAAUAGCUCACGUUGAACUCCUGGUCCAACUAAAUACACCGGAACAUCUGUGAUUUACUUGAAGAUUUCCACAGGAUUUUGUAGAACAAGGACUCAAAGAAAAUAAGCUUUCAUUACUAAUACACAUGAAGAACAAAAUGUAGUCGAGGGUCAGAAGUAAAGCAAGACGGCUGCUUUUAGCCCAUUUAGGAUUUUAAGAAGGGUUAGAAAAGUGAACACCACCCUCCUCUGUUUGGUCACGUUUGGUCAGAGCUUAUCAUUCACCUGCUGCUUUAGAUCAGCUGACCCUCACCAGAUCAGAGAGGGGUCCCUCAUACAAACAGAGAGACGGGGGCUGAGGCAGGAGCACAGCUUUGGAGGAGGAGGAGGAAGUGCGGCCGGACUACAGGGGUCCAGGCCCUAUGGCCACCGACCCAGGAGAGCCCUCGGGCACGGAGGAGUCCUCGGAGAAACCCGAUGGACAGAGGGAGGAGGGCACGGAGCGGGACAGGACCAUCUCACAGCGGGACAGGACUCACAGCACCCCCUCAGACUUUCCCUCCUCCCAGGCUGAAGAGCGCAGGUUGGCUGGAGGUGAACAUGGGCAGGAGGUCCAGGGAAAAUCAAAUCGCUCCAUUUCUUUCUCUGCUUCUCUGUCUGUGGACUCCGGACAGAAGCGUCUGAGGAGAGAGAAGCGGUUCUUUAGAAAGAGUGUGGAGAUCUGUGAGGAGAAAGAUGAAGUGGACAUACCCUCUGAACCCUGUCAUAGCGCCCCUCAGCUGGACCUGCAAAGCUCUGACUCAGUCUUCACCAGCAAUACUCCACAACAAGGAGCUGCCUCGGCCUGUCCUGCUCUGGGCCAUGACCCCUCCUGUUCUGGGACAAGCCAGGAGCCAGACAAAGACCUGUCACUGUCAACCCAGAAGAAGGAGCGGGACAGGGAACAGGAGGAGGAAGCGGAGAUGAAGGCCGUGGCCACCUCUCCUGGAGGACGCUUUCUUAAGUUUGACAUUGAACUGGGUCGGGGAGCUUUCAAAACGGUUUACAAAGGGCUGGAUACAGAGACCUGGGUGGAGGUUGCCUGGUGUGAACUACAGGACCGCAAACUGACCAAGGCUGAGCAACAGAGGUUUAAAGAGGAAGCAGAAAUGCUCAAAGGGCUUCAACAUCCCAAUAUAGUGCGCUUCUAUGAUUCCUGGGAAUCAGUGCUGCGUGGCAAAAAGUGUAUUGUUUUAGUGACCGAACUCAUGACUUCAGGGACACUCAAAACAUACCUGAAACGCUUUAAAGUAAUGAAGCCUAAGGUCCUCCGCAGCUGGUGCCGGCAAAUCCUUAAGGGGCUGCACUUCCUUCACACCAGGACCCCUCCCAUUGUCCACAGGGACCUCAAAUGUGACAACAUAUUUAUUACAGGCCCCACAGGCUCAGUGAAGAUAGGAGACCUGGGACUCGCCACUCUUAUGAGGACAUCCUUUGCCAAAAGUGUUAUAGGAACUCCAGAAUUCAUGGCACCUGAGAUGUAUGAGGAACACUAUGAUGAGUCUGUAGAUGUCUAUGCCUUUGGGAUGUGCAUGCUGGAAAUGGCUACUUCAGAAUAUCCCUACUCUGAGUGUCAAAAUGCUGCACAGAUCUACCGCAAAGUCACAAGUGGAAUUAAACCAGCAAGCUUUGAUAAAGUGAAUGAUCCUGAGAUUAAGGAGAUCAUUGAGGGAUGCAUUCGACAGAACAAGAGCCAGAGAUUAUCAAUUAAAGACUUACUGAACCACGCUUUCUUUGGGGAGGACACAGGGGUGCGGGUGGAGCUGGCAGAAGAAGAUACAGGGCACCAGGAUUGUCUUGCCCUGCGGAUCUGGGUUGAAGAGCCUAAAAAACUCAAGGGGAAGCAUAAAGACAACGAAGCCAUUGAAUUCAGCUAUGACCUGGAGAAUGACAGUGCUGAAGAAGUGGCUCUUGAAAUGGUAAAGUCAGGCUUCUUCCAUGAAAGCGAUGCAAAGGUGGUGGGAAAAUCCAUCCGGGAUCGUGUUAAUCAGAUAAAGAAGUCACGUGAGCGCAGACAGCAGCAACUCCUCCAACAGCAGCAAGGAUUUGAGGAGAAAAGAGACCCUUGCCUUAUCUCCUACACUUUUUCUCACCCCUCGGGCUACUCCUCCCUGGGGCCAGCAGGCCAGUCAGAGGACAUCCACGAUGUGGACCAAUAUGUUCGACAACACCAGAUUACGAGUGGGACAACUCUGAGCGUGCCAGGAGAGAGUCUAGGUUCAGUCAGCUGUGAGUCUUAUGCCAGCGGCCAGAGCCAGGUCUACUAUCAGCAAGGGGACUCUUAUUCUAAUCUCCAAUCUAAUACUCCUGCAGUGGUCCAUCCUCAGCUGCUAUCAGUGGGAGAAAGCAGUAGUAUCCCAAAUGUCUCUCUUGGUCAGGCAGAAGGGGCAUUUAAUCAACAAAACAAACUGGUUCCACAGGAUGGAUCCUUACUGCCGAAUACAGAUGGUCAUUCUUCAUUGGGGUCAAUUCCAGCAAGUGGAGAAGAGAGUUUUCAGCUGAUGUCCAACGGACAAUUGGAAAAACUAAAAUGUCAAAGAAGAUCUUCUUGUCAAAAGUCAGAAAAAGUGUUACAUCAGUUCCAGCUGAGCAUGCUCCAGGUGUCAAGCAGUGGGGACAAUAUGGUUGAAUGUCAGCUAGAGACCCACAGCAACAAGAUGGUGACAUUUAAAUUUGACAUAGAAGGAGAUGCUCCUGAGGACAUAGCUGAUUAUAUGGUGGAGGAAGACUUUGUUUUAGAGGUGGAAAAAGAUACAUUUGUUGAAGAACUUAGAGCUAUAGUUAAAAAUGCCCAAGAAAUUCUUCAAUCACAUUCACAGACUGGAUCCACUGACCAGUUACAUGUGGGCACACCAACAUCUGCCUCUGGGGAGUCAGUCCCUCAUUCAUCUCCGGUGGGACGCUGGCGGUUCUUCAUUAACCAGACCAUCCGACACAGAGACUCCUUGUCCAGUCAAGGGACCGCCAGCACAACUGCAGAAGGAACGGUUGUCCAACUGUCAGAAAAAGACCAUGAGGGAUCCCAGACGGACAUCUCUGCUCCCCUUCAAACUCCUGCUCCUCCCGUCUCCUCUCUCUCAGCUCCAACCUUGAUGAUCCCUUCAACUACAGCUGCUUCUAUUGCUCACACUCCUCCAUCUGAACCAGCCUCUGCUCCUGCCUCCUCUUUACAGUGUCCCAUCCCUGAGCUCACUUCAGCCAUCACAUCAGGAUCUGUUAAUCAGACAUAUAAUACACCCUCCUCCUUGGCCACAACUGCAGCCACUGUUAUGACCCCAACGCAUACUGCAGUUCUGCCCAUAGUAAAUGCAUCUCCUGGAAGCAGUGGCUGCUCAGUUGCCUCUCAUAGUUUAGGCGAUGCAGUUAUAAUUAACCCAGUGGCAGGUGUGCCCUCCAAAGCAGUUCAGUCUCCUCCUAUUAGCACCACAGAAAUUUUGUCUUCUGUCAGCAUGGAUCAGCAGGCCCUUGUCCAAACGAUGGGCCUGACCGCAGUCCAGCGGCCUCAGCCUCUACUUCCUGCAACUGUGCCACAACAUGCUCCCAUAAUGCAGCAGCAACUUUCACUUCAGCAAGUCCCACCACUUUUACCUGUGCAGCCUCAAACUGGACAGGUACAGUCAAUCCCACCCCAGCAGACCCAUCAAAUGGCACCCCAACAACAAGUGCAUCAGUCUAAUGUAGGUGCAGAUAACCUUCAACUCCACCAGUCUGUGCAGUUACAACAACAAUUAAUGCAGCAAGUGCCAAUGCAAAUUAUACCACAACAGCAGCCUGUGCCUCUGCAGUCAUUUAUUCCUGUAUCUCUCCCUUUACAGCAAGCUCAUGUUCAACCUGGCACUCAGUAUCCACAGCAUCCAAAUUCACCUCUACCACAAACGGCUUCUCCAGCAAGUGGUGCUCCACUUCAACAGACACAGCGCGAACAGUUAAACUUACAACAGGGUCAACUACAGCAGCAGCGGUUACAAGGAAAUGUGGCUUUAAACCCAGAUCCAAUGCUUCCGUUGUCCCUUAGUCAACAGUUUGUUCAGCAGCAGUCACAGCUUAGUGUUAGCGCUGUCCCGCCACUGCAGAGUCAACAGCCAACACACUUUACCCCUGACACUCAGCAGGUGCCAUCACAAAAACUGCUUCAGCACUUUGAACAACAGGACAGUGGCCAAAAGCUACAGCACUUUACUUUGCAGAAGCAGUCAUCCUUAAGUCAAAGGUCUGAGUCUGAGGUGUCAACUGGAGAUGCAAGUCUUACAGAGGACACUGGGAGCUACUCUGCAGUUCUACCCCCCUCCUCUGAUUCAUCAAUGCCCCCUCUCAAUCUCAACACAACAGAAAGCCCACUGGCAGUGCAGGCCCAUGCUAUGACCCCAUCUCCUGCUCAGCCUUCCUCUGUUGCUGAGUCUGAUAGUGAAGGGCCACCAAAAAUAGAAUUUGUUGACAAUCGCAUCAAGACGCUAGAUGAAAAAUUGCGCAAUUUGUUGUAUCAGGAGUAUAACAGCGGUGCAGCUUUGACUGGAGGAGCACCUACAUCUCUGUCUGCUGGCUCCACAGCAGGUGUAGAUGAAUCAUCACAGCCACUGUCCACAUUGUCUGGACCCUGUGCUGUUCCUGUCUGUUCCUCUGAUACAUCCCCCCACUCUUCCACCUCCAGCACCUCUUCCACUACACCCCGCUCAUCCUCAUCAUCCCCUCCGCUGGACAGAGCUAGCAAGGCUGAAGAAGGGUGCCUUAAGUCAUCUGAAGUGAUUCCAGUGGAGCAGCAGCCUCACCCAUCUCUGCUUACCGAGACCAACCCUUUAUCCCCAAAAGAGAUUGACCUAAUCAUGACACAGCGACCACCUGUCCCUGGAGAACCAAUAGUCCUUGCUCUACCCCCUCAAUCUGACACCAGUACAACUGGAGAAGCAUCCUGGCCCCCCAGUCAGCAGCCGAUCCCCCUCCGGCAUGGACAACAGCAGCGCAAUGCAGGAGAUGAAGCUUCUAGUAGCCAGUCCUUAAGUGAGGAGAAGGAGGUGCCCACUGUGAACUCUCCAGAGAUACGCACUGGACGAUUUCAGGUGAUUCCAGUGCCACAGUCAUCUCCCCCAAAAGAGGCAGCACCAGGCCAUAUUAACGCUCCAAGAAAAGUGGGGCGGUUCUGCGUAACCCAAGCUGAAUCAAAGAAGGAGCAUAAGCAAACAGACAGCUCUCCUGUGUCUCCAGACCUAGAGAGAGAGAGGAGGAGGUCUCGUGCUAAAGAAGGGGAUAAAGAAGACAGUAAAAGGACUCCAGCAAUGUCUCGUUCACACAGCCACACUUACUCACCUCUGGGCAGCAGUGACGAUGAUGAAAGUGAAGUGGAGGAUGAAGAUUUGCGAAGGGAACUACACAAAUUGAGAGAAAAACACAUCAAGGAGGUGGUAUCCCUUCAGGCUCAGCAGAAUAGGGAACUUCAGGAGCUUUAUCGUCAGCUUCGUUCUCUUAAGGACCAGAGGCAGAGUUUGCCUGUUGCUCUGUCCCAAACCACACCGCUCCCUGCAGCUCUCCCUGUUUUGUCCCCACGAAGAUCCCGACCAGCCAAGGUCAAGCUCAGGCGACCCCACUCUCACAUGGACAAUAAUGGAGUUGCACUUUCAGGUAUCCAAAUGUCAAGUAGCUAUUUAAGUAGUGAUCAGAGAAUACCACUGGACAACCCACAGCAGCAUUUCUCUACUACUCAAAGAGAUCAUAGUCCUCUAAGAAAAAGCACAUUUACAGAUGAACUGCACAAGUUGGUCGAUAACUGGACUAAAGACCCAGUGGGAUCUACCCCUCCCAAACCUUCGCUGAAUCAAAUAAAGCAAAUUCAGCAGGUUCAAGAGUUAGGGGGCUGGAGCCAUUCUCCAGAGCCGACUCAGCCUGGUUGGUUUCCAGUUUCUCCCCUGAAUCCCCAGACGCCUCCAGCUCCAGGGAGCUUGUCUGUGACAGCCUCCUCUCACUUCACAGGUACAGGAGGAAACCUGUCUGCCUUGCACUCUCUUGGACCAACCCAACAGAUGCAACAGAGUUUACACCUGCACCAGUCUGUCCCCAUUCAACAAAUGACCUAUCAGCAGUCCCCAUUGCUACAACAGAUGGCACCACCAUCACGGAUGCAAGCAUCCGUGUUACCCCAGUCACAGACACAGCCCAUCUCUCAACUAGCUCUCUCCACAUCUCAAAGCCAGACCCUGCUGCCUUCCCAAAUGCCUACAUCUCCAGUUUCUGCUACAGCACCUCUGCUCCCUGUCAGUGGCACCACCUCAACUGUGGAAACUGCUGCUAUGACCCAAGCCACUUGCACCGCUGCGUGCUCUACAGCUGCUGCUCUGCCUUCUAGUGCCAAAAUUCACCCAAGUCCCCCCACCUCAACUCUUCCUUUGGGUCAAAAAUGAAACUGAAGUGUGAUGACAAGUAAUGUUUUAUGGCAUGGAAAACCAUUUGGUAAUAGAUGUAACUAAUUUUGAGCUGUGUGUUAUAUGUGUGGAAUGUGGGGUGAAUGGGAAAGGAUACAGAGAGGUUUGAGCAUGUAUAGAACAAAGGCUUCAUAAUGUAUGAACUUGGAUAACUGAUUUCUCCAGAAAUUAUGAAGGUAUGGAUUUGUGCAUUUGUCAGCAAGUUUUACUACUGAUUCAAACUCUUCCUUAACUGAAAUAACAUUUAAGUCAUACAUGUGUCUUG